UCGGAUAAAUAUACUGCGGUAGUCAACGGUCACUCACAAAGACUGCAGGACCAACAUGGCUCAGUUCAUACAUGUGGCUGCUUUUCUUCUUCUGCUGUCGACGUUAUCGACAGCGCAAAUGAGAGGGGACUAUUCACCAUCACAAGAACAAUGUAACCCCAACGAUGGUUUUGGGAAAUACUGCCCAACCACAUGUGGAGUCGCAGAUUACCUGCACCGGUACAAACCUGAUGUGGACAGACAGCUGGACCUAAUGGAACAAGAUCUGGAGGAAAUCGCCAACCUUACCAGAGGAGCACAGGACAAAGUGGUCUACCUGAAAGACUCAGAAACACAAGCGCAAAAGCAAUCAACAGAUACAUACAUCAAAAAAUCCUCAAGCAUGCUGGAUGAUAUACUACGGUUUGAGAAGAGCAUUGUCACUCAGGAGGAUCAAAUAUAUCAACUGCAGGCGACCCUACAAGCUAAUGAGAAAAAAAUGGUCGAUCUAAAGCAGAUGUCUCUCCAGCUGGACCAGAUGUGCAAAGAGCCCUGCAAAGACACCGUGGAAAUUCAGACAAUAACAGGCAAAGACUGUCAGGACAUCGCGAACAAAGGCGGUAAGGUUAGUGGACUCUACUACGUGAAACCAGCCAGAGCUCAAGAACCAUUCCUGGUCUACUGUGAGAUAGACAGCUUUGGAAGAGGAUGGACUGUCCUUCAGAGGAGAAGUGACGGGAGCGUUGACUUUAACAGAAACUGGAUUCAGUACAAGGAAGGCUUUGGGUACCUUUCGCCAGAUGACAGAACAGAGUUCUGGCUGGGCAAUGAGAAGAUGCAUCUGUUGUCUGUUCAGUCCAGUGUGCCUUACGUUCUGAGGAUAGAAAUGGUCGAUUGGGAAGGCAACAAAAAGUACGCUGAUUAUGCCACAUUCAAAAUUGGACCGGAAAUCGAUGCAUACCGUUUGACGUAUGCUUAUUACUUUGGUGGAGAUGCUGGGGAUGCUUUCGAUGGCUUUGACUUCGGGGAUGACCCCAGUGACAAAUUCUACACGUCUCACAAUGGCAUGCAGUUCAGUUCACCUGAUAAAGACAAUGACAAGUUUCAAAAAAACUGUGCCUUGCAGGAGGGGUCUGGUUGGUGGAUGAACCGUUGCCACGCUGCUCAUCUCAAUGGAAAAUACUACACGGGUGGCAAGUACACAGAGAAGGACAGUCAAAAUGGACAUGAUAAUGGAAUUAUUUGGGCCACAUGGCACAGUCGCUGGUAUUCUCUGAAGGAGACCACCAUGAAGAUCAUUCCCAUCAACAGAAUUGGUGCCGGAGGCCAGCAAAGUGGUGUCAAGCAGUUUGGAGACAUUUAAAGACCUUACCAAUGCAUUUUGCUUUUGCAAAUCUAAUUUUGAAAUACAGAAAUGACAUGAAGUUUCAAGUGAGUGUGAACAUCUGUCUGUUGGAAUCAGAUUUUUUCAUUCUGUUACUUGUAUUACGAUAUCCUAGACGUAAUUGUUUUCUAUAUGGAAGAUUCAUACAUAAACCAUGUUGUUAAAUAUCAACUUGUUUGAAUUGCAACUGGUCUAAUGCACUGCACCUGACAAUAAAUUAACAAAUGUUUCCACUUUUUUUAAAAAUCAAAGUUCUUCUCUAGUGCUCCUUACUUUACAAUAUAAAUGAGGUCAAACACAAAUGAAUACAUGGGAUCCUUGAAACUGAGGAGAUAAGAAGAGGUUUUACAUUACUGAAAAAUUCUCUGUUGGCUUGCAAGUUACAGUUUGAAGCAAACUAGAGAUUGCAAAUUGUUAGUGAAAGUAAAUGUAAGAGAAUCAUAAUCACUAUUAAAUACAUGGUGGAGUGUGUUGGUGUGUUUGUUUUUCAGGUUUAGAGUGGGUGUCUUUGUGGGAAUGGUCAAUAAGUCAAUAUUGCCUGACUUGCAUUGAUAAAACACUGCAAUGGUGUCAACUAGGAUUUCACUCCAAAUGCUGAUGUUCUCUAGCUCUCUAAAUAUUUCAUAAUACUUGCUGUGGUGCAAUAAAUACCAAAUCAGCCAUUUCAACACAUGUAAUGCCUUCUCCCCAUGGAAUAGUUCACUUAAAAAUGACUUGCAAUUGCUCAAGUAUUAGCUCAAG